UCCAACCCAACGGUGCACAAUUAUAUGGUAGGGCUUUGAGCCAACUCCAUCGUGAGAGCAUCGACAGAGAUGACAUCCACCAGCAAGGACACGCCGGAGUCCGGCUACGCCGUGCCGCCGCCCAAUCUGUUUGGCGUCGAUUUCGGUCUGCGGCUGCUCCUGCUUGCAUCUGCCGUGUCGGCGCUGGUGGUGUUGGUCACCAGCAAGCAGACCGAGAGCAUUCCGACCUCUCUGCCCCCGCCGUUCCCUGCCUUCAUCUCUCGUGAUGCCAAGUUUCAACACUCUCCGGCGUUCAUAUAUCUCUUGGUUGCGCUUUCAGUCACUUGUUUCUACAGCAUCAUCACCAUGGUGGCUUCCUUCGCUGCCAUCUCAAGCCCUUCUUCAUCGCCGAGGAUGUUGUUCCAUCUCGUUCUCUCCGACGCGGUGAUGGCCGGAGUGAUGGCUUCAGCCGCCGGCACCGCAGGCUCGGUCGCCUACCUCGGCCUGAAGGGGAACUCUCAUGUGAACUGGAACAAGGUCUGCAACGUCUACGACAAGUUCUGCCGGCACGUCGGGAGCUCGGCGGCCGUCUCUCUUGUGGCCUCCAUCCUCCUCGUCUCGCUCGUCGUGCUCUCGUCCUACUCUCUCUAUCGUCGUUGUCGCUGACGGUAACACAUGACCGUCCAUGCAGGACAUGGCGUUCCGUGUACUUGCUCGGCUUGCUUUGUGUUCGGAAACAUCGGUGUCUUACAUUGAUGCUGUCUCAGGAAACAAAUUAUAAUGAUUCGCGUCUUACAUUGAUGCUGCAAGAGAAUCAAUCGACGGUGUCGUACAUUGCAGUCUUAAUUAUUCGUGUUAGAAAGAAACGUCGUCAGUGUAUCAGUAAACAAACAUGCUGUAGUUAGCAAUUAAUGGCAGCAAAUGCUUGCACAC